AUGACUGGGUCACAAGAGUUAGGAAUGAGGAUUCUCCUCCCCAAAGACUGCUCAGCAUAUCUCUCUGAUAGGGCUCAACGACCUUCUGAAAGAAGUCCCACCGCAAACAUUCAUCGGUACCAAUGGUCCGGUCCUACAGCCCGAUGUGUACCCUGGCCUCCUCAAUGUGCCUUAGCGAGGUGGAGGAGUCCUGUGCAGCCGCUCUCCCAUUCCGUACAACCAAAAGGGGCCGAGCAUCCUUAA